UUGGUAGAACGGACGGGGUAUUUUAGUCAAGUGACACGGAAAUAAUUCAUAACCUUCCGUCUCUGUUUGAACGUGCGGAUUGUGUUCUUCUUCUCUCGAACCGCACUUUGUCUUCCAUUUUAGCUCCAAUCUGUUUCUUACUUGUUUUUGGCGGGAAAAAGAUGUCCGGUAAAGGCGCCAAGGGUUUGAUUACUGGGACUUCAGCUGCUACCAGGAGCAAGGACAAGGACAAAGAUAAGAAGAAGCCCAUCUCUCGUUCUUCUCGCGCUGGCCUUCAGUUCCCAGUGGGUCGGAUUCAUCGGUUGCUGAAAUCAAGAACCACAGCUCAUGGGAGGGUAGGAGCAACAGCUGCAGUUUAUUCUGCUGCUAUUUUGGAGUAUUUGACUGCAGAAGUGCUGGAAUUGGCUGGAAAUGCUAGCAAAGAUCUCAAGGUUAAACGUAUCACUCCUAGGCAUUUGCAGCUUGCAAUUCGCGGUGAUGAAGAACUUGAUACUCUGAUUAAAGGUACCAUUGCUGGUGGUGGAGUCAUCCCUCACAUCCACAAAUCACUUAUCAACAAAUCAUCCAAGGAGUAGACUCUCAAGGAUUUUACCGUGUCAAUUUGCCAAAGGGAAAACAGUUCCUACUUUCUGUUACUGUUGAUCUGGUCAAAACCUACUGUUUAAAUUGUUAGCUCUUACUUAUUGUUUUUUCAUUUCGGUUGGCCUUAGUAGGUUUCUCAUACACUAUGGAUAUUUGGAUAAUGACCUUAUUUGGCAACCUUUUUCUUUUUAUUCCCACUUUAUGGUAGCAGUAUUAGAAGCUCACUUUGGCAAGGCUGCUUAUGGAUGCCAAACUGAUUGGUUUUGCUUCAUGCAUCUUUGCAUCUGUAUGUAUCUCAGAAUUCAUAGAAGUCCUGUUUGGUAUAUCAAACCUUUCGUGAAAUCCAGUUGGAAUUUCCUACUUUUAUA